GUGUUGCCAGAUUGGGCUACUUAUCGCCAAUUGGGCUACUUAACAUGCUGAGAGGCUAGUGAAUUUUGGUUGUUGGCUACCAGUAGCCAAUUGGGCUAUUCAGCGAAUUAAUAGUGUCACCAAUUGGGCUACUUGGUGGUUAAUAAUUGCGUUUUUCAUUGAAAAAACUAGUGUGCACUGAAUGUGCACUUGCUGCAGGUAAUUGGGCGUUUUCGUUGGCACCGCCAUCGCUCAAACCAAAACGUCCAAUUGCCAGCGCCAAUUGCACACUCAAUGCGCUCUAGUUUUCCCAAUGAAAAACGCUAUAAAUGUUCUAUUGUCAUAAUUAGUGUAGCAAUCACUCAACCUCAGCCAAUCAGACAAAAUUACUAUGCCGAUAGCAACACGGGAUUGGCUGAGAUUGCUGGGGUUCCUACACUCAAGAAUCUUAUAGCGUUUUCGAGUGCAAUGUGUUUUAACCUAGGUUUGACGCCAUUUGCCGGAAUCAUCCAAUUAGAACGGAUGAUUGGACGUUCUAAUUGAAUGAUUCCGGCAAAUGGCGUCGAACAUAGGUUAAAACCCACUGCACUCGAAAACGCUAUUAUUAAAAUGCAUCGCAUUGUACGUACGUACAAACCUGAAAUCUAGAAAAGAAUACAUUAAUGCAAGCACUUAUAAUAAUCCGUUAUAAUGGCUGUGUUCUGAAAUUUAUUAUUACUGUUCUAAAAAUUAUUAUUAGUACUGAAAAUCUAUAGUUUACUUUACGUAUACUAUAGCAUUUCAGUACUGGCAGUGAAUUUCGGAACGCAGCCAUUCAGUGAACGCAAUAUUGACUUGGUGGCGCUAACCGCUAAAUAUGAAAUUAAUGUAAGACAUCUAUUUAUGUUAUCACAUUUUUGAAAUACGCUUCUUUUGUUUCUUCGUAUAUUGUGAGAGUCCGUGUGCGUGUUCAGAUGUGUUGUCCGUUACAAAAAUUGUUUGUAGGAUUACUGACACUAUCAUUAGAUUUUACUUGUAACGCAGCUAUUCUUUUGAUUCCACUUUUAUAUUCUCUACAUUUAUAUUUCGAAAUAUGGUCAUAUUGUUCCUCCGUUACGUUAGAGAGACGGGCACCUAUUAAUUCAUAUGUGCUAUCUCAAAUAAUAUUGUGCUUAUUAAAAAUGGGUAAAUAUGCAAAAUAUACAAAACAUUACCGUGAAGAAUGGGAAAAAGAAAAGGAAUUUAAAGGUAAAUUAUAUGUUUUAUCCCUAGCCAUGGUUUUUUAUUAUUUAUUGUUGAUUUGGAAGUUAGGUUAAAAAAUUUAGGUUAAAAAUAUUUUUAAUGCAAUGCAAUUAAUAUAACAGCAACUUAAUUUUUUUGAAGGAUGGUUGUGUCGUGCACCAGAGAUUUUAAUACUGAAUGGAAAAGGCGAGGCCUAUUGUAAAAUUUGCCAAUCAGCUAUACGUGCCCAUAAAUCUGAUUUACAAAAACAUUUGUUAACCAAAUCUCAUCAAAACAGGGCAGCGGCAUUGGACGUUAAAAUGCAAAAGUCGCUAGCAGUUUGUGGUGUUCAAUCACUUCAAAGUAAUAAUACUAAAAUAAUUGAAAUCAAAUUGUGCAUGCACGUGGCAGCACAUAGCUCAAUAAGAAGCAUAGAUCAUUUGAGUGAUUUAUUGAAAGAAUGUGGAAAGGGUAGUGAUUUGGAAAAACUGAAGCUGCAUAGAACAAAAACUUCUAAAUUAAUAUUGAAAGUUAUAUCUCCGGCAAUAUUAAAAGAAAUGAUUGAAGAUAUUGGAAAUGAGCCUUUUUCAAUAAUAUUAGACGAGUCUACUGAUGUGUCCGAUUUUAAAUAUAUGGCAUAUUGUGUGCGAUAUUUCAAUAAGAGACUGAAUUUAUUCGUAGUAGAUUUUCUCGGUUUCAGCGAAAUAUUUGAAGCCACUGCCGACAAACUUUACGAACACUUCAUGGAAUUUAUGUCUGAAGUAGGACUAAACCAUAACAAUUUGAUUGGCAUAGGAACGGAUGGUGCAAGCAAUCUUUGCGGGAAAAAUCAUAGCUUAUACACGUUAUUAAAAAAAAAGAUUCCACAUUUACAAUUGAUACAGUGCGUUUGCCACUCGCUAAAUCUAUGUGCUUCUAACGCAAGUGACGAAUUACCAUGUACUGUUGAGUAUUUAUUACGAGAGACGAGAAAAUGGUUCUCUCAUAGUCCUCUUCGUCAAAUGAGGUACAGCAAAAUGUAUCAAUUGAUUAAUGCUGGAAAACAGCCGCCUAAAUUGAUUCAGUUAUCUUCGACGCGUUGGCUUGCUUGGAGUGAAGCUGUUUCUACAAAUAUUAAGCAAUGGCAAGAGCUGAAACAACACUUUCAAUUGGCUGCAAAAUCUCAAGAUGAUAAAUGUUAUACAGCAAGAACGCUUGUACAAAUGUACGAAGAUGACAGUAAUUUACUAUACUUGCUUUUUUUAGAUGGAAUUUUAAAAGACAUUACCAAUUUAAAUCUUGCAUUUCAACAAACGAAUGCUGACAUCACAAAAUUGUAUACCGAUUUACACAUGCUGUUAAUGUCGUUGGUAAAGAGGAUCAUAAAACCUUCUUAUUUAAAACAUCGUGAAAUGGCUUCUUAUUCUAUGCUGCAUCAAGCAGACAUAAAUAAUGUACAGAGCGCAUUGGAAAAGGUGCAUCAAGAUUUUGAAAAUUCUCUUCUUCCCCUCGAAUCGGUAGACUUUGGACAUCGAUUUGAAUCGUAUGCUACAAAGAAGACUAUUUCACAAGCGUCUUUAAGACUUAUUCAAGAAAGAUGUGUAGCCUACACGAUUCGCCUUUGCAACGAACUUGUAAAAAGAUUACCACGGAAUCUUCCGAUAGUAGAAAGUUUGCGUUACCUGACACCUGAAAUGUGUCUAAACCAAAUAAAUACAUACAAAAAUUUACCAUGGGAAUUAGCAGGAAAAGAUCUUGAUCGAGAUGCCAUCGAGUCUCAAUUUCGUCGAUUGCAGACUUUAAGAAUCCACGAAAUUUCUCCAAUUUUCAAUAAUGUUGAAAUAGGAAAUAUUGAAAUCGUAGAUUUUUGGGUAGCUGUUAGAAGAAUGACUAAUUCAAAUGGCGUAAAAUGUUUUAAGGACUUGGCAGAACUUGCUUUUCGUGCUCUUUCUUUGCCAAUCAGCAAUGCAGUCGUAGAACGUGUUUUCAGCAUAAUGGCAGUGAUUAAAACAAAAUUAAGAAAUCGUUUGUCGAUGCCUAUGCUGGUUGCUCUUAUGCGCAUUCGCAUACACACGAACGUUCUUAAUCUGUGCUGUAAAAGUUACUGUCCAACACCAUAUAUGUUACAAUUAUUUAACAGCAACAUGUAUAUAGUAGAUUGUAAACAAACAGAAUCUUCCAACAAUUCCGAUGACUGUGAUCUUUUAGAGUCAUUAAAUCUUAUCGAAUCAGCAGAAUCAACAAUUGAUUCAUAAAAAACAGUAAUGGGUAAAAUUUUUUCUUCCAAAAAACGGAAAAGUUAUUAAUAUAAUGUCAAUUUGAGAUCAUCUGAGAUUCUAACAUCAACAACUUUCUUAGAUUUUAGAAAAAAAGAAACUGAUUAAAGAAAAAAAGUUGAAUACAGAAAAAAGAAGAAAUGAGAAAGAAUAAAAGAAAGUGAUAGCAAUGAGAAAAGAUAGAUAAAAGAGAAGCUGAGAAGAAAUUAAUGAAAAGUCAAACAAAUCAAAGCAGAAGGAAAUUAGGGCAAAAAGUAAAUAAGAAAAAAAUUUAAUAAAGAGUAAACUAGACUUUGAUCAAGUCUUUAAAUACAACAUUUGAAAAAGUCAUUCAACGAAGAUUGAGUAUAAUACAGUGUGUUAAAUGUGCAAGUUGGGCACACAUCGAAUGUACAGACAAAAAAAUUAUUCAGUAUUUUAUAAGUGAUAUUUGUAAACGUACAUUUUGAAUAUAAACCUUUUUGUUUUUUGGGUGUA